ACUGUUGCCCCACUCCAAUAAUCUCUCGCCACGUCAUGCUUACAUGGUCACCCGCCCCAGGCUCUACAGGUUCCCCGCGACCACUUCUUUGCUUCUUCCUUCCUUCCACUCUCUUUUUUGCAAUUGAAGAGCAGGCUACUACAAGUUUUCCUUUUCCUUUUCCAUUUUAAAUCCCAAUCGACCCUUCUACAACUCCUUCAAUUACCAUUUUACCCCCGCAAACUAAAUGGCACCGUCCAGCUCGCCGGCGGGCCGGCCGGCGCAGAGGAUCUUUCCGCUCCGGCGGGAGGAGGCUACGCGCAACCACUCGCCGCCGCGUCGGAAGUACAGGUCGAUGGAGGAUGUGAUGAGGAGGGCCAAGCCCGCCGUCCUAUCCGAUGAGGACGAUUACUGCGACCUCGUCUGCGAGCAAUGCGGCUCCGGCGAACGCGCCGAGGAGCUUCUCCUCUGCGACCGCUGCGAUAAGGGAUACCACAUGCGCUGUCUCCGCCCAAUCGUCGUCCGCGUCCCCAUUGGUCCAUGGUCUUGCCCUACCUGCUCUGACCAACCCCCUAUCAAACGUUUUCCCCAGAAGAAAAUUGUUGAUUUCUUCCGGAUUCAAAAGUGCGCUGAUUCCGCUGAAAAAUGUGCCUCCUCUCAAGCUAGAAAACGUCGGAGACGUUCCAGGAUGUUGGUUUUGCACAAGAGGAGGAGGAGGCUAUUACCAUUUACUCCAACAGGAGAUGCUGCCCGAAGACUGGAACAAAUGGGUUCCCUUGCUUCAGCUUUGACGACAUUGUUCAUGGAAUUUAGUGAUGAACUCACUUAUAUGCCUGAUAUGGCUCCUAGAUCUGCCAAUCAAGCGAAGUUUGAAAAUGGUGGCAUGCAGGUUCUCCCCAAAGAAGAUACUGAAACUUUGGAGCAGUGUAGAGCUAUGUACAAAAGAGGCGAAUGCCCUCCCCUUAUUGUAGUUUUUGAUUCAUGUGAAGGUUUUACCGUUGAGGCUGAUGGCCCUAUAAAGGAUAUGACUCUAAUUACAGAAUAUACUGGUGAUGUUGAUUACAUUAAGAAUCGGGAACAUGACGAUUGCGAUAGUAUGAUGACCCUUCUUCUAGCAAAGGACCCAUCUAACAGCCUUGUUAUCUGUCCGGAUAAACGUGGAAACAUUGCUCGCUUUAUUAGUGGCAUUAACAACCAUACUCCGGAGGGUAGGAAGAAGCAGAACCUUAAAUGCGUGAGGUACAGUGUAAAUGGUGAAUGCCGGGUCCUUUUGGUUGCUACGCGUGAUAUUGCCAAGGGGGAGAGGCUAUAUUAUGAUUAUAAUGGAUAUGAGCAUGAAUACCCCACCCAUUAUUUUGUCUAAAAGAUCCUCUCAGAUAUUUAUGUCUAACAAGUCUGCAGAAUACCCCAUUAACCCCAGAUUCUGAUCAAUCCUCUUGCUAAUACUAUUUAUUUAUUUUUACUUCAUUUUCACAGCUUACAAAUUGUUGCUUCUUAGUCUCCUCAAUUUUUCCCUCAUUUUUUCUUUAUGCUCGGUCCAUCAACUGUAAGUAAUCAUGUAGUGCAUGUGAUUUGAGAGAAAUAGAGUGGGGAAGGGGAUAUUUUUGGUAAUUUAGCACAUGAAGGUCUACAUGUUUGGUUUCCAUGACAUUGUGUUCAUUUACCGCAGUUUCAAUGAAACCACAGCAAUUUCAUAUAUUGCCUUUCAUUGUCUCAAGACUAGCAUGUUGAACUAUUGGAGGACUUUUUCCUUCAACAUUUGUUUCUCAUUCUUUUUUUUUUUUAUGCUGUAUGGCACCAUCUUACAUCUUAAUAGUUUUUAUUUUUUUCCUAAUGGGUGCAUUUCUUUAGGUCCCAGAUAACUGAGUCUGUUGAGCUUUCCCUCCAUGUCUAUAGAAUAGGAAAUUACUUAUACCUAUGUCUAUACCAUCCGAUAUGUACUAAAGGUUCUAUACCUAAUGGCCCUUUUUAUUGGAUCAAUACAUUCAUGCCUAUGUCUAUGGAAUCGGAAAGGAGUGUGGGCGGGCUGCAGGGAAUUUUCCAGAAUGCGUCAGCGUCAACAUCGCUUCUUUUCAUGUUGGACAAUGACGAUGUGAGAGAAGCUCGCUUGGAAGGUGAAUUCGUUCUCUCUUAUAUUUUUUUUUAUGUAGUUUGUGCAUAUAAGAGUUUUUGAAGAUUUUCUUUCUUGCAAUCUUGUCAGUGCCCCCCGCUUGUGGAGAAUUCAGAGAUUCAUCCUCCCCAGCUUACUUGAUUUAGCUUCUUACUUCAAUUAUGAAAUUAUUGUUCGUGAUGCCAUUUGCGUGUGAAGACAUGAUAUAUGUAGUAGUGAUGUAGUUAAGUGUCUGUAGUCAUCAGUUCUAGAUCCAUAGGAUAGGAACAAAGCUGUGGUAGUGCUGCUGUUGGUUUUUUGUCUUGCUGUAAAUGUUCCGGUUCUCUGGUAUUUUGACAUAGGAGCCUUUCUGUUAUAGAGCCCUCACAGCUGCUCCGAUGCCUCUCUUCUAGUUAGUGUUUGGAGUAUAGGUUUAGAAUUUUGAGCCAUGCUGUGGAAGAUGCAGCAGGUUGGGUUCCCCACACACUGCGCAGUUCUCAUGUACCAUUUGACUGGCUGCUGCAACAUGUCCCAUGAUGCGUCGUAAUGUGUUAAUCAUGGUGUCUAAUGCUCAUAGAGUGUUUUCAAUGUCAUGUGCCCAAGUUUACCCAAGUACAUUAUAUAUGCUAAGCAGCAUGACUUGGACUUGGACUUCUGCAACAAUGGGAAAAUACAUUAUGUAUUUUGGUGCAUUAGUUUUGAGUUCUAACAAGGUAAAUGUUUCUGUUAUACAUAGCUCAAUUGCCCAAGAUGCUUAUAUAUAGGGAGGAAUAAAAACACAAACAGUAAGUCGAUUACUCAAAUCAAUAUCAAUAAUUAAUUUCAAUAAUCAGAGCUACUUUCAGUUACAACCUAAAAUGACUAUUUAUAGGGAACUAAUAGAUAAAAGUGUACCCUAACUAGGAUUUUUCAAUCCAAUCUAAUAAAGAUUGCACUAACUAAAGGAAAUAAAAAGGUAACAAAAGAAAUGAAAAAAAAAAAGUUAGAAAACAAAUUAAAAAUAAAAAAAUAAAAAAAUGAUAAAACAAUACUAGUUCUUAUUUCUACACCUAAUUGAUUGUUUUCCAAAAUAUUUGCUCUUACAAUUUUCAUCAUUCUCCCUUAGUUGAAAAGAACUCUACUCCAACAAGUUGCACUACAAGUACCACUCCGAGGGCUUGUGAUUCAUGACUCAAAAAUCCCUUUUCGUAAUCCAAGUAUAUUAUCAAAAUUUGGUCGAUCUUUCCAUUUGAUGCGGAAUCUUUGAUAACCACUAUGAGAAGUUGCCAAAAUCUCAUCAUCAAGCACAACAUCAAUCACUUCCUUUUGUUACGUAGGUGCGUCGCACA